AUGCCUUCACUCCACUGGGAACGAAUAUUGGUUGGAAUUACUUGUUGUGUAGUGACUGUGACCCUUUGGGCACUGUGUAUUUGGCAGCUCGUCCUCAGGUUUAAGGCAGACACUACGGAACCCGUGGCACCUCCGUGCUUCUGCCUCAACGGUGGCGUCUGUCGGGAUGGAGCCUGCCUGUGCCCAGAGGAGUGGGUGGGAUCUCUUUGUGAGAUAGUUAAUUUCUGCGAAGCCAGUACUUACACAGCAAACAUUUCUGAAACCAUUAUAAAAAACCUUACUUUUGAACGGAUUAUAGUGGGCAAAUACGGCAACUCCAUAGAAAAAUGUGAACCUGAUACUGUGAAUGGUAACACUUCAAUAGCGAUCCGGAUGUGCUUCAGAGAAGGGAGAGUUCCUACUUUAGAGCCCCCAAAAAUUCUGAAUUGUAAUGAAAAUCUGGACUCCCUAGCAUCACAGGUUGAAACUGCGGACUCUAGCAAUGUUUUAGCUAUUGCAAGUAACACUCAAAUCCUCACCUCCAUGCCAGACCAACUGACCACAGAGAACAUCUCUGUUGCUACGAACAUCGCAGUGCAGAUUCUGAAAAAGCCAAAUGUUUCAGAAGACUCCCAGGCAUCUGUGGCAGUAAUGGCUACAGUGAGCCAACUCUUGGAUGCCAACGAAACAGAAUUCAACGACAAUAAUCUUGUCAAUGUUACAGCAAGCCUCACGAAAACAAUGGAGGAAUUCUCUUUGACUGCCAAUGUCUCGCAGCCCAACGUUGCAGUCCAGUCUGCUCCACUGAAAUUAAGUUCCUCUACGAUUCUGUUUUCGGCACAGAGAGAUGGAGCACCGGGAUAUUAUCAAUCCACAAAACUAGAAAUACAGGAAAAUGUCGAUGGACUUAUUGGUGACCUCAGUACUGAAGUUCAGAUACUGUUCAACAUUAUAAAUACCAGUUCAUCAGACAAUGGAAGAGUUGGCUUUGUCCUGUAUCAAAAUGACAAACUCUUCCAGUCAAGGAUUUAUCAUAGUCGCAGUAGUUUCUCCAAACAAAUCGUCUCUGGCAACAUUGAUAAUAGAAAUUUCAGCGGUGUUGAAAUAGCCUUCAGUCCCAAGUACAACACAUCCGAACUGCAGCUGCGUGAUCAUGCCUGUGUCUUUUGGGACUACGCUGUCAACGACUGGAGCACCGCCGGCUGUGCGAAAAGAAGAGACCAGUUCUUGAAAUGCAGGUGUAACCACACUACUAAUUUUGCUGUCCUGAUGGCCUUUCAGAUCAAAUAUAAAUAUGCAAAGCCUUUGGAGUAUAUUUCUUACGUUGGUGUUGGAUUGUCCGUGGCUGGACUGGUCAUUACCAUUUUGUUUCAAAUACUCACUAGGAAAACUCGGAAGUCGUCUGUAACGUGGAUGUUAGUGAGUCUCUGUUUCUCCAUGCUCAUUUUUAACAUCAUCUUCAUCUCUGGAAUUGAAAACCAAAAUGCCAGGAAUCACGGCAGCAAUACCACCAGCUACUACCAGCAAUAUGAUACCGCCAGUAACACCUUACUCACGUCAGACAUGGUAGAUCCCCCCGCAGACUCCUGGUGUACGACCGUGGCUGCCCUGCUGCACUAUUUUUUGUUGGCGACUUUUAUGUGGACGGCACUCAAUUCUGCCCAGUUGUACUUACUGCUGCUCAGAGCCAUGAAGCCCCUGCCUGGCCACUUCCUCCUAACCAUGUCAGUAAUCGGAUGGGGUAUCCCUGCUGUAGUAGUUGCAGUAACACUUGGAGCUACUUACAGAGAAGGCAAAGCUUUAAACUAUCGUCAAGAAGAAUUCUGCUGGCUUGCAGCACUGGAUCAAAAUCAGAAUUUCAGUGUGCAAAAGCCCAUGUUGUGGUCAUUCCUCUUGCCAGUAGCACUCAUACUCCUGUUUAACAUCAUCGUCUUCAUCAAGAUCAGUGUCUCUGUGAUAUGGAAGAAGAACGAGAAUUUGACAAGGAAUAAAAAGGAUUCAUUUAUGAAAAAGAUGAUCGGCACUACCUCUAUAGUGGUAGUGCUCGGAAUCACCUGGACAAUUGGCUACUUCAUGUUAAUAAGUCAUGAAGGAACAAGUCUUGUUUUCAGCUAUCUGUUCUGCAUUUUCAAUGCUACUCAGGGACUUCAGAUUUGUAUUCUGUACACUUUCAGAUCACCAAUCUUCAAGAAAAAAGUUUCCGAAGUGUUGCCUAUUUUCCAGGUGCCAGAGGUACCACUGCAUCUGCAUUCAAAAACCUACCACCUUUCAAAAUCGCAGCCUGCAAAUCAUUCACAGCAAACUUACAGAUCCACCCAGACUUUUUCAGACAAUAUUUCCUUGACUACCUUCCCUAACUCGAGUUAG